GAAGUGCUCUCUCUAGGUGGUGACGGCGAGAGGGCAGCUACUCUUAUGCUGCUGGGUUACUUUCAGUUUGGAAGACAGUAUUCUCAAGGGCUUAUCUGGGCAUAGCACUGACAGCAUGAUCAAGAAGCUCCUGGUCUCCUUUCUUGUUUUCAGCUGGAGCACUGGAUCACAGCAUGAAAGCAAUAAUACACUUGCAGCACACCCUGCAUAUAAGAUCGCUAUAAAGAGGAUUAUUGCUAAAAGAGAAAUUAAUUGCAAGUCUGAUCAACACCUUGCAGCCGACGGCAAGACCUGUUGUAAGAAGUGUCCACCAGGUACAUUCAAAGAGCAUGAUUGUACAACAGGCAACAAUACACCAACUUGUUCACCGUGCAACAAUGGAGUUAGCUUCAUGGAUGAGUACAAUUAUGUGGAGAAGUGCCGAAGGUGCCAACCAUGUGACAGUGGACAUGGUCUGGAAGUUGAAAACAACUGUACCACCACACACAAUACAAAAUGCAGGUGUAAAAGUGGUUAUUUUUGCGUUUCUGAACAAUGUACAAAACAUUGUGAACCAUGUGACAAGUGUGAAAAUGGCAUUGUUGACGUACACUGCACCCCAACCUCAAAUACCGUAUGUAAAGGAAACUUUUGGUGGAUGUUGUCGGCACUUAUACUACUACUGCCAUUGGCUGGAAUACUGUACUACUGCUUUCGGCACAGGAAGAAUUACAAGAACUUGACUAUUAACCAGCAGUAUUCAAAGAAUGUGAUAGGGGAAGAAAACCCUCUGCUAUAUACAGAUAUUGACUUGAGCCCCCACAUUUCUAGUAUUGCAGAGGGGAUGACAUUACCCCAAGUCAAAACGUUUGUUCGGAGGCAUCAAAUAACAGAACCAACCAUAGAGCGAGUCAUUCAGGACAACCAGAAUGAUACAGCUGAGCAGAAAAUUAAAUUGCUCCUUAACUGGUAUGAAGCCCACGGCAUGAAAGGGGCACACAGAACUUUGAUCAGCAGCUUGAGAGAACUCAAAAUGUGUGCUGUUGCUGAUAGUAUUGAGGAAAAACUGAAGGCGGCUGUUUCCAGCAGUCAGGAAAACAACAGAUCAAAUAAUGGAACUACUGAGCAAAGCAGUGUCCAUUCUUAUGGAGACUCAGUGCCACAACAGGAAGCGAUUUCUGAAUGAACUAAAUUUUUUCUUAAUAUUGUAAAUAUCAGAAAGCCUUCAGAUGUCAUUUCUUUGAACAAAUUCUGGAUACCAAGAGGGUGUAUAGGCAAGCAUAAGCAACAGGCCUAAUUAUUGGGGAGAUAUUUGCUCCUCAAAAGUUCUGAAACAUUUCUACUGUUUGCUAAGAUCUAGGAAUAGAGAUCCUGGGAUUAUGCACAAAAAACUAUAGAAGUUCUACCUAAGAACUUACAGUUCAUUUUACAUCUAUCUUACUAGCAGGAACUUGGUGUAAAUGGUGUUAGAGGAACUGCAGAUUAUGAGCACAGUUUCCAAAGAGGGUGGCUAAAUGAACUGCUUGCAGUCACCCACGAAGUAAGUGGCACAUGAGGGAAUGGAGCCUGGGUUGCUUAGGUUCUACAACAGUACCUGACCGACUAGGCCAUCCAUUGGCAAUGCGUAGGGGGUGCACACAGGUGCAGGUGCACCCCCUGAGAUGGUGGAGCACCCCCUAAAAGAAGCCCUGCCGAUGCUGCUGGUAGUGCCUGCAGGUACCCCCGCUGC